CACAGAGAGUGAAAGAAGUCUCUCAAAGUGAGUUCAAAUAAAUGGCAUGCCCUCAGUACAGAGAAUUCCAUGGUGCAGAGGAAAGGAGGGAAGAAGAAGGAGGAGGAGGAGAAAGUUUGAGUUUCUCCUAUGCAAUGCAACUGGCUAUGUCCUCUGCAUUGUCAAUCUCCUUGCAAUGUGCCAUCGAGCUUGGCAUAUUCGAUAUCAUAGCCAAAGCAGGUCAUGAGGCAAAGCUCUCUCCUUCAGUGAUUGCAGCCCACAUGCCCACCACCAACCCUGAUGCACCCGCCAUGCUGGACCGCCUUCUUAGGCUCUUGGCCUCCCACUCUGUUCUCACCUGCUCUUUGGUUGCUCAUCGUGACCCUACUAAUGCGAGUGGAUCGAAUUUCCACAGGCUUUACGGUCUUGCUCCUGUCUCCAAAUUCUUUGUCACUGACAAAGAUGGUGUUUCCUUAGGCCCUUGUAUAGUACUCCCACAAGACAAUGUCACCUUAACUAGCUGGUCAAAACUAAAAGAGGCCAUUCUCGAAGGAGGAGAUCCUUUUACUAGGGCUCACGGAACGCACAUAUAUGAAUACCUAGACUUGGACACCAAGUUUAGCAAGGUUUUUAAGGCUGCUAUGUACAACCAUAGCACUAUCAUUAUGGAAAAGAUACUUGAGUUGUACAAGGGUUUUGAACCUCUUAAGCAACUGGUUGAUGUUGGUGGUGGUUUGGGAGUGAACCUUAAAUUAAUCACUUCCAGAUACCCACACAUCAAUGGUAUCAACUUUGACUUGCCUCAUGUUAUAAAACAUGCUGCUUCUUAUCCAGGUGUAGAACAUGUAGGAGGAGAUAUGUUUGUGGGUAUCCCCAGUGGAGAUGCCAUUUUUAUGAAGGGGGUACUUCAUAAUUGGAAUGAUGAGAAGUGCAUAAAGCUGUUGAAGAAUUGCUAUGAGGCCAUUCCGGGCAAAGGAAAGCUGAUUGUUGUGGAGGAGCUUCUUCCAGUUAUGCCAGAGACUAGCACUGCUGGGAAGAGCACCUCUCAAAUGGAUGUUCUUAUGAUGGUUCAAACCCCUCAAGGAAAAGAAAGGAGCCGACAAGAAUUCCUAGCUCUAGCAACCGCUGCUGGAUUUAGUGGCAUUAGAUUUGAAUGUUUUGUCUAUAAUUUCUGGGUUAUGGAAUUCAUCAAGUAGAUGUGGCUGUGCUACUUGGUGCCAUAUAUGCAGAUCAAUAGGGAGGUCGUGUGAAACUGAAACACUUAAAAUUUGUCUUUCAUUUUCUGCAAUAUGUGUGCUUUUUUUUUCUUUUUC